AUGAAGUGCCUGCUACUGCUGCUGUUGCUGCAGCGCUGUAUUCAUCUGACUAUCUGCCAAGCGGAGGACGGCUAUAGCCCAAGACUGCUGACGGCAGAGGAAAAUGCCAAUGAGAGCACCUGCGUGGAGCAGCCCACCUACAACGUCCUUCCUGCCGACUACGACAAGCUGAUGCCGCCGCUGCUGAAGGGCGUGCCGCUCAACAUCUACUUCACGCUGUGGAUCAUCUCCAUCACUGAGAUCAACGAGCUUCGACAGGACUUCACAGUCGACCUCUACCUCAGGAUGUACUGGGUGGACUUCAGGAUCAAGUACCCGGUCUGUGAGAAACGGCCUUUCAUCGUGCUCAAUCACGCGCAGUUGGAUAAAAUCUGGAUCCCUGAUAUUUUCUUCAAACAGGAGAAAAGAUCAAGUCGCCAUUUUGUGAACCGCAGAAACGCUGGACUCAAGCUGACCAAAUCAACUAACGAGGUGUUCUUUUCUGAGAGGAUUACGCUGACCACUUACUGCGCGUAUGAUUUCCGCUUUUUCCCUCUGGACCGUCAAGCCUGCGUGAUGGCCUUUGAGUCCUACAGCUUGGACGGACGCUACGCAAAUCUUUCUUUCAAGCCCCUCGCCAUCCACUUUGAUAAGUUCAAGUUCAAGAUCCCACAGUACGAGCUGAACUACGUCUCCCCUUACAGCUGCUACUAUGACUACAUGUACGAAGGAUCUUACUUCCUAAACCAGAGCUGCAUUCAGGCCAACUUCGUUUUCGAUCGUCAGUUCAGCUACUAUUUCGUACAGAUGUAUCUGCCGUCAAUACUGAUCGUCCUUGUAUCCUUUCUGAGCUUCUGGAUUCCUGUCGACAACGUCCCGGGCCGGGUCUCGCUCGGCGUUACCUCUCUGCUGACCCUCGCCACCCAGUUUACAACCAUCCAGCGUUCUCUUCCUCCAGUUUCCUACGUGAAGGCCAUGGACAUCUGGAUGUUCUUCUGCAUCGUCACCGUGUUCCUGGCGAUGGUGGAGUUCACACUCGCCUACAACUUCCGCUUCACGCUGGCCCAGGACGGCGACAGAAAGCCCAAGCCUGUGAAAGAGCCCGUCACUGUUCUGGGAAUCAACUCGAUCGCGGCGGGACUGAGACAGCCUCGGGUCGUUGUACUCACUCAGCCGGAGGAAGGCAAGACGCCGUUCGCUGUCUUGAAGCUGUCCGUCUACUGGGUCGCUGAACGUUUUGCAAAGAAAAAGGGCAACUUUAUCGACAACUUUUCAAAACUGUUGUUUCCGAUUGCUUUCUUGGUGUUCAACUUGGCCUACUGGAAUCAUUACGGGAAAGGCCAGAAAGAAGUUACAUUCUGGGGUGGCUAG